AUGACCAUGGGGAGGUUCCAGUCACUGUGCGAGUCACUUGGGAUCAUUAUUCAACCGAAUACCCCUCACAUCCCUCAAGGAAACGCCAUAGCUGAGCGUGUAUUCGGCACAAUCAUCGUUACUGCUCGCAACCUUCUCCUGGGGGCGCCUCACCUUUCGGCCCGGCUGUGGGCUGAGGCCGUCAAAACUGCGGUAUACAUCAACAGCCGCACGCCAACGGAUGUCUUGGACGGCAAGGCACCGUUAGAGGUGCCGAACCUGCAUUCGACGGAGGAGGCGCUGCAUACGACGGAGGAAGCGUACGAGAGGAUCGAACAUGCUUUGCUGACUGGCGGCGAGCUCGGAAACAUGGGGACGGGCAGCCCUGGUGAGGUGGGCUACAUGCAUUCCGACCCUGCGAACUACGACAAAGCGUCGCGAUAUGAGCAUGACGUAUUUGACUGGGUUGAUCCGCCGGAGGGUGUUCCACUGAUUCCGUCGAAAUUCAUACACAAAUGGAAAUACAACCAGGAUGGUGUACCGAUUCGCCGGAAAAGCCGCGUAGCGGUGCAAGGUUUUCAUGAAGCUGACACGGGAGCGGACAAGGCAGCACCAGUGGCGUCUAUGGAGCCUGUUCAUCUCGUGAUUGCUAUGGCUGCACAUCAAGGUCUCGUUCUCAAGCAAGCUGACAUCAAGACGGCAUUCCUCCAUGCCAGAAUCCCCGAAGAAGUGGAACCCAUCUACAUGAUACGUCCGAAGGGUUUCCAGUACGACAUCCUGUUCACCGGAACCGACGGGGAUCAGGUAUCGACGGUAAUAGAGCAGCUGAAGGACCGAUCCGAUACGGUGAACCUAGGGGAUGCGAGAUUUCUCCUAGGAAUGGCCAUUGAGCGAAGCGUUGAGGCAGGAACGAUUCUCUUAACACAGGAGGUGUAUACCAAGGCCGUCCUUGCUAAGUUUGGCACGGUAGAUGCACACCCGACGAAGACUCCGGCUGAGGUUGGGACGAUAAGUGUCGUGGAGGGAGAAGCACUGUCGCCAGAGGACACCACGAUGUUCAGGUCAGCCACGGGUUCGGCCCUCUACCUGUGCAGGGGAUCGAGGCCGGAGAUCGCCCACACGGUGUUGGUGCUUACCAGGAGCAUGGCCAAACCAGGCCCGAAGGUGAUGGCCAAACUGAAGCGACUGCUCCGGUACCUGAAGGAAACAAGCUCCAUUGGGAUAGCGUACACGGAACACGCUGAGCAAGGAAACCUGCUGACAGCAUACGUUGAUUCCGACUUCGCAGGCGAUGGAGAUGACCGUCGCUCGACUACAGGCGUUGUUCUGUUUCUGGCAGGUGGACCGGUGGACUGGAGGUCAGUUAAGCAAAUGGUGGUGGCCCUCUCCUCGGUGGAAGCAGAAUAUGUCGCGAUGUCCAAGGCAUGCACGAUGAUCAUCCACUACCGUCAUCUUCUGAGCAUCAACCAGACGCAAGAGGAGGCGACGAGGAUGUUCGAGGACAACACUGCCGCGAUCUCGACUAGUGUAAACAACAAGCUCACGCCGCGUACGAAGCACAUAGGCAUCAAGUAUCAUCAUGUAAGGUCGCUUAUCGAAGACAAGGUUGUCGCAGUGGAGUACAUUGAGUCUGACGCGCAGAAAGCUGACAUUCUUACAAAGAGUUUGGGUGCGGUGAAGUUUCUGAGGAACCGCCUCUUGCUCCUAGGAGUGUCAACACCUCCCUUCUGCAAAAUCGGACUUUAUAUCUUGAGGGUUGGACGGUGA